GACCGUAUAUACAGGAGUCGAAUAGAUAGUGAAAGUCCCCCAGAGCUAACAGGAGUGUAGAGGGCAAGAGGGGGGUAGGAACGGGGGACCCCAGUAAGGUAUAUGAGGGCCUCAGUUCGAGCAACCGCUGGUACUCUAGCCUCGCUGCCUACUUACAUUCACACACACUAACACACCAACCACUUGGAACACAAUGCGCACCGUCGCGACGGUACUGUUAUUGGUAGCUGCCAUACUCUCUGUAUCGGGCCAGCAAUACCAGCAACCGGGUGCCAACUACGUGGACGAGUAUUCGGCGUACGAGUCCCCGAGACCGGCCCAUCCGACCCCCCGAAGUUACCCCGUUGAUUCCGCGCCUAACAGGCAAUCGGCCGGCCCCACCACCCCGAAACCAACCCCAGUCGCCAUCUUGAAACAGAUCAACAGGCACAACGAGGACGGGUCGUACACGUACGGGUUCGAGGGGGCGGAUGGCUCGUUCAAGAUCGAGACGAAACUACCCACAGGCGAGGUGAAGGGUAAAUACGGUUUCGUGGACGACACCGGGAAAGUGCGGGUGGUCGAGUACGGGGCGAAUCAAUACGGUUUCCAACCGGCCGGCGAGGGUAUCACGGUCGCGCCACCGACCCUGGUCGACGAGACGACCAGCAAAGAGCCACUCCAGCCGCACACCUAUCAAGAGGAGCAGUACCAACAACCACCCCCACCGAGGCAACCACCUGUCAGAGCGUCUGCGCCCCGCCCCGCGCCCCUUCAGCAACAACAGAUUCAAUACGAGCAACCGGCCUACCAACACCCAACCCAGACCCACACUCAGGCUGUCUACUCGCCGCCACUGCCGCCCAGACAGUCGAGCGGAGUCCCGAAACCGCCGAUCUUCACCCCCGCGCCCCAGUCCCCCAUCGCCAAGCAGAACCCGCUCCUUCAACAGGAGGAACCGGCCCCACCGUCCCAACUGUACAACCAAGGACCGGCUCAAUUCGGCCCCGCGCCCGUCCAAGAGCACCGCUCCCAACCGCAACCGCGCAGCCAGAGCGGCGGUAUCCUCGACCAGCUGGCCAGGGAUUACGCCCUUCCCCAAGGCGUCGCGCCACCCUUGCACGACAUCAGUUUCGGUUAUUACUAGAGAAUCAUCUAGUCCCUCCCUCGUGUUCGUAUACUACGGUACACUCGGUAUAUUGGUCCGUAAACGUAUGAAGACGCGACGCUUCGACGGAGGGGAAACGGUUUCUGAUCGUUUUCGAAACGUAGUCGGAUCGCAAACCGUGGCCCAUCGAUCGAUCGGUCGCCAUCGUGAUUGCGCGUAGUAGGUCGCGUCAUUAUCGGGGGAAGCAUCGAGAACUCGAGAAUUAAUUCGAUUCGUUUUUUUCGUUCGAUCCUUUUUCGUUUUUCUUUAUUUUUUCUUUUUUUUUUUUUUUGGAAUAUGGAAGAGCAAGGAACACGAAAGUUCUCGACUUUUUCUUCGGUAAUAAGUUAUUCGUCAUGGCUGCCUACCUACGGAGUCGUGCUCUCGAUUUCUCCGACGAGGGUACGAUGAGUUCAUUCUUGCCAUUGGAAUUAAUUUAACUGCGAUGAGCGGUGUUUGAUGAAACGUGGCGUGGAAAUGUAAAGAAUGAUCUCCGAAUAUUUAACGAGGUUUGAUCGGAAUUAUGUCAAAACUUUAUUUUGUCGAGAAAUUUUUCGAUUCUGAGACACUGAUGAAUUCUGAUUCUUUCGUUUCCAUCUCACGAAAUCGCGAAAAAAAAGCGCGUGAAAAUCGUUGAUGAUGAUGGAAGAAGGAAGAUUGUAAAAAUGUUGUAAAUAAAAAAUUCCACGGUAGGCUUCCGUGCUGGUUUUUAAUCCUACGGAGAGCGCAGCUUGCACCCGUUAUCGGCGGUACCGUUAAUCAAUUUCUAUUUCAAGGAGAACCUCAAGCUGCGUCUUCGAGUACGCGUCUCGCGGGACCGCACAAUAAAUUCAGCACGCUUACUAUAUUCUAAUUAAGAUAAGGUUUAUAAGGUGAAUCGAAUUGGAAAAUAAAUUGUCAGAUCUUCCAUUAUUCUGUGUACAACUCUGAUAUUGCGUUAUUCUAUCAAA